AUGUGUUUCAUGGCCAUUUUGUACGAGUGCGGCCAUGAGGAAAAAUCUCUCCUCGAGUGCCGUAACCGUAUCGGCCUGCGCGGCCUCGUCAAGGCCCUUCUCGACCUACUGCGCCCCAACGGCGAGGGCCAGCCGCUACCUUGCGACCACGUUGCCGCCGAAUCGGCGCGCCGCGGCCACAAGUGCCGGUGGUGCCUAAUGCAGCAGAUUCCCGAUCUCCUCCAGCGCGAGCGGCAGCGGCUUCGCAUGCUGAGAGGCGAUUUCGCCGACGGCCUCGUGGAACCAGUCCCGGUCCGGAGCUUGCCGCGUCGUGCCAUCCAAAGACGACAGCAGAGUUCAAAGCUUGAGAGAGUCGCCCAGGAGGCCGUCCCGGAAGCAGCCCAGAGGAUCGGUCGGGGAGACAGCGAAUACGCUCAGAAGCCAGAGCCUCUAGUUGAUGCCUCGGGGGUUGAGCGUUUCGAGAAAGGCCCCGGUCAACGACUCUGUGGUAUCCUUUACCUGUGCGACGGCGCACCGCCUGGAAGAGAUGAGUGCUGCAACAAAUCUGUGACGCACCACAAUUGGUGA